AUCUGCGCCCAUUCCUGAUUCCCCUCUCUCCCUCCCUCUCUCUCUUCUUAUUUCUGCAACUUUCUGUCAGCUAAAGACCACAUCCCCGUUUGACACGUGUCCUUUAGCUCUCCCUCCAAUGUCACCGUUUUGAGAUUCCCCCUCUAAACUCACUCUUCCCUAUACCCCCUCCACUUCUCUCAAAUCUUGCAGCUGCUAUUCCAUUUGUUUCUUUCCCUUUUACCCCUUCUCUUCUUACACUGCCAUGUUUGUUACUCUUUCUUUGUUCUUUUUGCUUCAGUUUCUGAACUUUGUUCCUCUUCUUCCUCAUUGUAAUAUUAAUGGCGUCUCUAACGCCUGGUAUUUUGCUUAAACUCUUGCAACAUCUCGAUGAUAAACAAACCAAAGUUGCUGGUGAGCACCGCUCUGCUCUUCUUCAGGUAAUCAGUAUAGUUCCAUCACUUGGUGAUGAUCCAUGGAAAAGCAGGGGAUUUUAUCUAAGGGUAUCAGAUUCUCAGCAUUCAGCGUACGUUUCUGUAUCAGAAGAAGAUGUUGAUUUGAUACUGAGUGACAAGAUCCAGCUCGGUCAGUUCAUUCACGUGAACCGGCUUGACUCCGGUUCCCCUGUUCCGGUUCUUCGUGGCGUGAAGCCGGUUCCCAAGAGGCGUCCAUGUGUUGGCGAUCCUAAAGAUUUGAUCUCCAGUGAUUUUUUGACUGCCCGCAACCGACCCGACCCGAAAAGGGGGAAGAAAAAUGCUGAAGUGAAACGGGUCGAGGUUAAAACCAAGGUGAACAGAGUGGUUGUGAGUGAGGAUAGGGAUAUAAAAUCAAGAAGGCAGUCCGUUGGAAAUGGGAAAGUGGAAGGGUUAGAGAUGAGGAGAUUGAGUUUGGAUUCAGUGAGAAAAGGAUGGGAUCGGAGCCCCGGUGAGAAAAAUGGUGCUGGAGCUACACCUAGGUCCAAAUCCAAAAGCGGGUUCUCGGGUUCGGAUUCUCUUCCUUCUGUGAAAAAGCCUUCUUUUGACAAAGUUUCAACACCAAGACAUUCAACUGCAAGUAUUUCACCACUUACAAACAAGAAUAUUAUUGUCUCGCCAAGAUCAGUUACCAAGCCCACUAGAAAAGAUCUAGACCUUUUACAAGAUGAGACUCUUCCAUGCAAUCUGACUAAGGUGGCACUCAGUUUUAAGAAUUGGUCCGACUCUAGGAUUUCAUGGAGUUCACUUCCAUCAACGGUUCGUGAUCUUGGCAAGGAAGUUACGAGUUAUAGGAAUGUCGUGUUUCUGUCUGCUAUGCAUGCACUAGAAGAAUCUGCUGCUGCUGAAGGUGUAAUCCAGUGCAUGAGUAUGUUUGCAGAACUGUGUGAAUCAUCGAAGAAAGUACCUGCUGGACAACUGGUGGAGCAAUAUUUGAACCUUCAUGAAAACAUGCAGAAAGCAGCGGCUGUUGUAAAAUCAUUGGUGACGAGAAGAACUCCUGAAGCAAAAGGCAGUGACAAGUUCUGUCUGCCGAAUCCCUUUCCAGAAAUUUGCCAUAAUUUUACAAAUAAGAAUGCAGCCUCUUGGAUUCAAGCUGCAAUUGAUUCCGAGCUUUCCAGUUUCUGUUUGUUCAUAAAGGAAGGCAAGAAGGGGAAUUUAGAUAAUGAGAAGUCUCAUUAUAUUAUAUUAGAAAACAAUCCAAAGAAUAGUGAAGCAGAGAACCAGUCACCUAAAAACAAGCAAAGCCCUAAAACCAAUGGGCCAUCUGGUCAUGAUUCUAGUGGAAGAAGAUCAGUAUCUCAUUCGAAGCAGCAUUUACCAGCUAUAAGAAGGACGAAAACUGAAAGAGAACAAUGGUCCAAAGGGAGUGGGCUGAAGGAGUCUGCAAUUUUAUCUGAAAAGUUGCUUGCUUCGUCUCGUGCUUGGUUCUUGAACUUUUUAGAAGAUUCUUUGAACAAGGGAUUUGGGCUGAAUACCGUGGAAGGGAAUUCUGAAAUUCCAGGUCUUCUUGGUCAGCUGAAAAGGGUCAAUCAGUGGUUGGACGACAUGGUUAAGUUAGGAAGCCGAGUAGAUGAGAGAGUAGAGGGAUUAAGAAAGAAGUUAUAUAGGUUUUUGCUUGAUCAUAUUGACUCCUCCAUUCUUGGAGGUAAGUAAUCAGCGAUGGUCUUAACUACUGAUGCCAUCAGAUUUAGAUAUUUCCUGGAAACAUGAAUAUGGUCAUUAACACAAUACCUAGUUGAUGGUCUCAUCUUUCUGACUGCUGUAGCAUUAACUUAGCAGAGGCUCUAAGAAAUUAAGAGAGUAGAUGUAGCUAGUGAUUCAGUAUCCAAUUGUAUAGAAGUUAGCUUCAUUGCUUCUUUGAAUUGGGAAACUCAACUUAAAUCGAA